UUUCGUACUAACAAUCGCUGCGUCAAGAUGAAAUCCCAAGUCGCUUUCGCGUUUGUCGCAUUCGUCGCCACCGUCAACGCUGGUGUGCUCGUCGGUCCUUCGGCGAAAAUCCUCCAAGGGCCCAGCAGUAAGACCACGGUAGUCGGACCCGACGGCAGCGCCAUUUCCGCCGUUGCUCCAGGUGGUCAAAUCGUCCACGAAGAUCAUCCAGGUGUUGUAGCUCACGCCGUUCCCUUUGUCGCCCACGCCGCUCCAGUAGCAGCACAUGCAGCUCCAGUUUUAGCUCAUGCUGCUCCAGUUGUUGCCCACGCUGCUCCAGUUGUAGCCCACGCUGCUCCAGUUGUAGCUCACGCAGCGGCAGUUGUAGCUCACGCUGGUGAAGCUGAUACUAUUGUAGCCGGACCUUCGGGUACUAUCGCUACUGGUAAAUCAGUAGUAGGGGGACACUUGGUCCACGCACCAGUAGUUGCCUACGGCAGUGACCUCCACGAGGGACAAUACGUCCACGAUCACAGCGAAAGUUUGUACGAUGACGGGUCUUACAAGCCUCAUCUUUACCAUCAAGGACGUCCCCGUCGUAUAAAAGAAUUGGACCAGAAGAUGGGCACAGUACGCUGUGUUCACCGACCCGAAAACAGACACACCAUGAACUCCGUCGUGAUCGUCCUUUUCGCCUGCUUAGCCGCUGCCAGUGCAGGCGUAGUGGUCGCACCAUCGACCAAAAUCGUCCAGGGACCUAGCACCAGGACUACAGUCGUAGGUCCGGACGGUAGUUCCAUCACAUCUUCGUCUCCAGGUGGUCAAAUUGUGCAGGAAGAAACCCCCGCUGUAGUAGCUCGUUCGGCACCUGUGUUGGCGGCAGCAGCUCCAGCCGUAGCAUACUCAGCUCCUGCAGUAGCUUAUUCCGCACCCGCGUUGGCUUAUUCGGCUCCGGUAGCCGCUCAUUCGGUCAUAUCCGGUUACCACGCCCCAUUGGUGUCCGCUUAUUCCGCCCCAAUAGUUCCAGCGUAUUCCACGUACUCAGCUCCGUUGGUAUCAGCGUAUUCGGCGCCGUUGUUGUCUAACGGAGUCGUUGCUCAGAAAAGUUUGGACACAGUCGUAUCCGGCCCGUCGGGUACUAUUACAACUAGCAAGACUGAAGCCGUGCCAGCAGUAGUAGCCGCCCCCCAGGUCUACGCAGCAGGAUACUACCUUUGAUGGGUUUAAUUUUGAUGUAACGUUGUAGGCAAAUAAAUGUUUCGACGAUGGCUUUAUGAUUUUCAUUUCGU